UUAUGGAAACCGAAAGUAGUGCAGCGUGUGCGUAAUUUGGAUAAAAUUCACAAUGUCUCCGUAUAUUAUGUAAGGCAGUUAUUUUGUUCAUACUUUUGUCUGAACAAAAGAACUGCCUAAUAUACAUCGUAAUGUGGCAUGAUAAAAAGUCGUACUUAUUUUGAUCAAGCGUCACUUCCGCUUUCGAUUAAACGUGAUGGCUGUAGCGCAAGACCGCGGAGUUCCCUUAAGUACUCUUUCUCCCAAGUACCUUCAUACAAAUUCUACCAGCCACACCUGGCCCUUCAGUGCCAUUGCUGAACUCAUUGACAACGCCUGCGAUCCAGAUGUGUUGGCCAAUGCUUUCUGGAUCGAUAAGACUGUUGUCAAAGGGCACGAAUGCCUCAGUUUCAUGGAUAAUGGAAAUGGUCUGGACUCCGACGCCAUGCAUAAAAUGCUCAGCUUCGGCUACAGCGACAAGGUUGCCGUAAAUGGCGUGGAGCCCAUCGGGAUGUACGGCAACGGUUUCAAAUCCGGAUCCAUGCGUCUCGGGAGGGACGCCAUAGUCUUUUCCAAGUCCAAGGAUUCGUCAUGUGUCGGGAUGCUCUCCCAAACGUACCUGGAAGAAAUCAACGCCCAACAGAUAAUUGUGCCCAUUGUCAACUUUAAAUACACAAACCACAACUUGUUUAUCAGAGAGGAGCAAAAAGCCAGUCUGCAAGACAUCCUUCAAUAUUCUCCCUUCAAGACUGAGACAGAGCUGCUGACUGAGAUCAGCGCCAUCACGUCUACCUGCUCCACCACCACGACCGGCACACGCAUCAUCAUCUGGAACUUACGCAGGACAUCCACUGGGGCAUUGGAGUUUGAUUUUCAGACAGACCGUUACGAUGUUCAAAUUCCAUCUGAUGUCUACGAAGAGUUAAUCCGGCCUGGUGAGAGAAUCCCCUCACAUAUACCUCAGAGUGUAUACUCACUACGGGCAUACUGUAGUAUCUUGUACCUAAAGCCUCGCAUGCACAUUGUUAUACGAGGUCAGAAGGUGAAGACUCAACUGAUUGCCAAGAGUCUGGCCAAAACCAAAACAGAUCACUACAGACCCCUUUCUCUUAUUAAAAGAGUUCCCAUCAUUUUUGGUUACAACACCAAAAGCAAAGACCACUACGGUAUCAUGAUGUAUCACAAGAAUCGACUCAUAAAGGCCUACGAGCGUAUCGGCUGCCAACUCAAGUCUAACAGCAAAGGUGUCGGCGUCAUCGGGGUCAUGGAGUGCAACUUUUUGGAGCCGAUGCACAACAAGCAAAGCUUUAUUGAGAAUGACAAGUACAGAAAAACUAUGAGCAGUUUGACUGUCAAACUGGACGAAUAUUGCAAUGAAAUCCGCUACAGGCUGACCGGAAACAACCCAGGCCAAAAUUUGGAAGUGAGCGACAUCAGCAAACGUCCGGACCAGAACUGGGUGAUGUGUGACAAUUGUAGAAAAUGGCGCAAACUCCCUGAUGGGAUCGACUGCAGCAGGCUGCCCGACCAGUGGUUUUGUAGCAUGAAUCCUGAUCCUCAAUUCAGGAUUUGUGAGGCGGAAGAAGAGGCUCAGGACUCUGAUGAUGACCAACCGACAUACGAAAAAACCUACAAGAAAAAAGAGCGGGAGGAAAAAAUGCAAAUAUCUAAGCAAAUGGUAAGGCUUGAAGAGCAACGACGAUGUUGGGAAGAGAAGCGCCUAAGGCAGCAGGAGAAUGACCUCAAACGCCAGCUACGGAAUAUUAGUGUCCAUUCCCCAUCAACUCCCACUACCUCACGGAAUAGGUUGAACAUGGUGUCUGUACAGGAAUCUUUACCCUCAGGGGUUACCGCUGUGUGUGGCAGCCCACCCAGUACCAAUGGUUUACCAAUUAUUUCAAGCGUCUACUCCUUGUUUCAAACUCCAAGAAAAAAGAAAAGACUGUCCACCGAGACACAACACACACCUCAAAGUUGUCCUCAAAACAUCUCACAUCAAAAUUCUUUGAAUGCAUCGUCAUCGGGAGACGUGACUCCACUCAGAAUCGAGGUUUUUGAACCCCAAAAUGGCAGAGCAGGAUUUACGGGGUCAGCUGAUGAAGGAAGCAGUUCCUCCCCCGCACCGCGUCCUGUCAUCAGUCGGACGGAAGCGCCAAAAAUAAAGAAUGAAAAGGAGGAUAGGGAGAUGGAGAGCAAAAAUCCAGAUCAAACAGAAGGCGGGGUCGUUCAAACUGCCGAACGCUGGACUCAGUUUUCAAGAAGGAUCAAGGAAGAAAACACAAACGGAAAUCAUGUCACAAAAGAAUCCAAUCAGAUAGUGCACAUAAACAGUAGCGAUGAUGAUGACGACGACAACGACAUCUUCAAAUCAGCACAAUGGCCUUCAGAGGCACUGGAACAACAAGAUGUUAAGAAGCGAGGACAAUUUUUUUUAAAUCAUUUUCACCAAUCAAGCCAGACGGAAGAAACAUGGCCAGAUAAAGACUAUAAAAGCUUGCUUGAGAAGGCUGAAGAAAAAAUUCAUCAACUUGUGAGAGAAAGAGCUGAUUUAUUGGCUCAGACCAAGCCUAGAACUCCCCAGGCCGAGGAGGAUUUGGGCGACAGCACUUUGCAAGUUGAAUCUCUUGUCCGGGAACUGGAUCAAAGAACCACAGAGAGAAAUCAACUGCUUUCUCAGUUGAAGAAACUUGAGGAAGAAAAGGCGAACCUGUCGAGACAGUGUGAGGACCUCAGGAUGAGGCUGCAGCAAGCGGAAGAAAAAGCGCAUGAGAAUGCAAGCAAAGCGCCGCUGCAGAAUGAAGAUUCUUUCAUAGAAGCAGCAAAUGGAGCUUCAAACUCAAACCACCUCACAAGGCUGAUUGAACUGCGUCACAACAUUGGACGUCUUCUUGUCAAGCAGGUGCCUUGCCUGGACCUGGCCCAAGUCAAUUAUGAGUGUGACGUAAUUGAUGAGAUCCUGGAACAAUAUCUCGCUGAGAACUCAGAUUUUACCAAACUAUAGCUAGUACAGUUUUUUUAUUUGUCGUUUUUUAAUCUCUGAGAGAUUCACAUUCAUUCAUUUUCGAUCAUUUCAAGCAGUGUUGAUGCAGAACCUGCUCAAUUUUACACAAUGAGUUCUGUGUUUUUGUUUUUUAACCACCAAAUCAUCCAUCCGUCCAUUAUCUGUACCGGGUGUCCCCACGGGGGUCAUGGGCGUGCUGGAGCCUAUCCUAAUCAUCAUCAGGCAGAAGGUGGGGGACACCCUGAACUGGUUGCCAGUUGCACUCAGACCUACGGGCAAUUUGGAGUGAUCAAUCAGCCUACCAUGCAUGUUCUUGGAAUGAGGGAGGAGACCCACACAGACAGGGGAGAUCAUGCAAACUAGGCUGGAGCCAAAAUUGAAACCACUACCGUGCCCCUCUGAUCCAAAUCAGUCUCGUAAAUCUAUAAAUAUGAAUAAUUGUUGUCACUUUGUAUUUUUGUUACUUAUUUUUGUAUUUCAUUUAAUUGUUUUUUUCAUUUCAAAGAUAACAUUUUACAAAUACCAUGUUAA